GCCGGAAAAGGCAGAGCUGAGGAGAAGGAGGCGUUGCCCUCCAGCAACACAUCAGCUGCAAAUUUAUGCACAGCAGUGAAAUCUGUGCUGCUGCUGCUGAGAGGAAGAAGAAGAAGAAGAAGCAGAAGCAGAAGCAGCAAACGGAGGCUGCAGCGGGCAUCACGGCAACAAAAAGCCCGGCAGGCCGCUGAGUCUCUCGGUGUGGUUCUGCAGCGGGCCGCCGGUGCAGCAGGAGGCGGAGAAAGACGCACCGCUGACGCUACCAUGGAGACGGAUGGAGAGCAGAACCAGCAGGGGGCCUCGACCAAUGGGAACGCUGCGUCUGGGACGAGCUCCCGCCCCUCUCCAAUGAACUCCAUGUCUCUGUAUGAAAGGCAGGCGGUGCAGGCCCUGCAGGCGCUCCAGAGGCAGCCGAAUGCGGCUCAGUACUUCCAGCAGCUGAUGCUGCAGCAGCAGAUCAACAACGCCCAGCUUCAGAACCUGGCCGCUGUGCAACAGGUGAAGGCGACUCUGGCCGCCAGCCGUCAGUCGAGUCCCUCCAGCAGCAGCUCUUCUCAGACCACCAGCACCACAGCUGCCAUCGUAACGUCUGGAUCAGGAUCUACGACCAGCAGCCGUCCCAUGGGAGCCUCGGCGACAUCCACAAUCAGCCAAUCGGUGCUGCUGAGCGGGACGGCAGGUGGGCAGGGACAGAUGUACCUGAGGGUCAACCGCUCCCUGAGAGCCCCCAUCUCCUCGCAGCUCAUCUUCAUGCCCGGCAGCACGGCAACCGCUGCUGUGGCAACCGUCACCCAGCAACCGCAGGCUCAGCAGCAGCAACAGGAAGUGACUCCAGCUUCCUCCUCCGGCAGCCAAUCGGAUAACGAUCAGGCGCAGAAUCUGGCCAUGCGCGGUGUGUCCAGUCCCAAAGGAGUGGGUGUAAAGACUGAAGCCCCAGAGAGGAGUGACUCAGCUGCCUACUCUUUGGUCCAGCCAAACCAUCAGUCCCCCACUAAACCCAGCCAGCCUCAGCCCCAGCCACCACACAUCAAAAUCCCCACCUACCCCCAGCCUGCCAACCUCAAAACCCACUCCUCCUCUUCCUCUGGUGCCUCAUCUUCCUCCUCGUCCUCCACCUCCUCCAUCCCUCUGUCCCAGCUCCUGCUUCAUGGGACCCGAACCCUGACCACAGGAACCACAGCUCCCACAGCAGCACACACACUGGUCCUAACGUCCAACGCGGCGUCCCAGCCCCACGGUUACCCCGUCGGCACGGCGACCAUUAAACCGGCGGUCAACGCUCAGACUCUGGUGGUGCAGCCUCUGCAGAAAACCUCGCUGGGCUCUGAGAAAUCGGGCCACGGAAAUGGACCCAUCCCCAUCCAACCUAAAACCUUGCAGGGGCUCCGCCUGCCCCUCCAGCUGCCUUCUAGGAACCCUCCUCCCAUCCUGCCCGCCCCCCCACCGGCCAGCAGCUCCGCUCAGCCUCCCCAGACGCCACACAUCCCGGUGCAGAUAGUGGGGGCCCGGCAGAGCACGCUGGGGAGCGCCCAGGCCCUCGCCCUCGCCCGGGGCAGCUGCAGCCAGGACGGAGCCGCCGUCCUCAGCAGCUCGUCCAGCCUGCUCACCAUGGUGGCGUCCAUCGCCUCCAGGGAGGGCGGGGUGGUGGGCCGGGGGGUGGGGCUAAAGACUCUUCAGUCGCCCCAGGAGGCUCCCCCAUUGGCUCAGGUGUCACAUGUGCAUCCGCAGGCCAAUCAGAGCUCCGGACAGAGUCACAAUGGAACCGUCUCUUCAAGCCCCGCCUCCUCCCAGUCCUCUACCGUUACGUCUCCGCCCCCCUCGCUGUCCCGCUCCUCGCUGUCGCUCCCCUUGGUGGCUGAAGAUCAGAGAGCAGCAUCAGCUGGUGUGACCACCAACGGAGACUCAUCAGGAGCUCAGACACCGCAGGGUAAGCAGAUGAGCAGUUCUCUUAAAAGAAAAUCAGACUCCAGCUCAGCCAAUGAUGAGGACGGUCCCUCUCCUCCACGGCUCCAACCCGUCAGAGAACACACCUCAGCACUCCCAGCCAGUCCCGUCGACCCAGGCUCCACUGCUCCUCCUCCAGCCGCCUCCUCUCUCUCCCCGGUGCUGUCGGUGUCCCGUGGGGCCUGUGGUCAGGGCGAAAGAGCUCCUCCUCCUCAGGCUGUGGUCAAACCGCAGGUUCUUACACACCUCAUAGAGGGCUUUGUCAUCCAGGAAGGGGCGGAGCCUUUCCCUGUGUGUGGUUCGGUGAAGGAUUCCACCGGCGAGGAUUUGACUAACGACAGUCCGGACACGAAUCAAUCGGAGAUGGUUACCACGGCAACAGUGCUGAAGUGUGAGUACUGUAAAAACUUUGCUCCUGCCAGCCAGUUCAGAGGCACCAAAAGGUUCUGCUCCAUGUCUUGUGCCAAGAGUAUGUAUUGGUUCCCCAGGUACAACGUCAGCUUCAGGCAGCCCUUCAGCGUGCGGCAGCGACAAGCCCAAAGCCGCGGUCCGGAUCAGGAUCAGAACCAGGGUCACCUCUCCAACUCGGACGAGGAGGGAGGCAUCGCCAGGAGGAGGGUUCCCCGCCGGACCAGCUCAGAGAUAGCCAGCGCCAAGAUAGCAGGAAGACCCAUACCAGUCAAGUGCCGUUCAGAGUCCAGCCAUUCAGACGAGGAGUCCAGUGGGGAGGAGGACGAAGACGACCCCAUGUCCCUCUCGCCUGCAUCCUCGGCUUCCUGCCACCAGCAUCCUCCUCCUCUCCCAACGGAGAGCUCGGCGCCCAGCUGCCUGAACACUAGUCCGGCCCAGUGGAGCGUGGAGGACGUGUCGCAGUUCAUUUCCUCACUACAAGGCUGUGAGGAACUCGCCUCCCAGUUCCUGUCGCAGGAGAUCGACGGUCAGGCUCUGCUGCUGCUGAAGGAGGAGCAUCUCAUGUCCACCAUGAACAUCAAGCUGGGUCCUGCUCUCAAGAUCUGCGCUCACAUCAACAACCUGAGAGACUGAUGUCAGCGUUUCAGUAAAACUAGCCCUGGGCAUUUCCCCCAGACUCCUGUUCUGCACCCAGAUCAGACCUGGACCUGGUUCCAGAGCAGGCGAAUGUAAGAGGCACAGUUCAAUGUGAGCCAGGACUGUGGCUGCAGAGUCCGCUGUUGCUUUGUUCAGUUCUGAACACGUUCUCAAAAGUCACAAUUUGCACAGGUAUGUUGUCGAUUCCUUGCAAAGCUGUCAUGUCCGCAAAUGGCCAGCUGCAUUUUGUUGAAGGCGUCUUUCCUCUAAAACUGCUUCUUCUCCCCAAAAUCAGUACCUGCAGUCAUAAAAAGUCUCUAAAAAUGCAUAAAUGAAGGUUUUGAAUGUAUUUUAAAUGCAGAAAUCACUUGUAUUGUGUAAUGAGCAAAUGAGGACCAAGUUAAACCUACAGAACCUGCACAGGAUUCACACAUUUCAUCAGUUAUCUACAAACAGAGCUGCUCCUUCCACGGACUCAUACUGUGACCCACAAUAAUGUCAUUUUUAAAUUCACCCAACAAGGAAAACCUGAAGAAGACACUACAUUUUUUAUUAUUUGAUGAGAACCUCUAUUGGUUCUCACCUAGUUCAGCACUGAAGUCUUUUUCUUAAAUGUGUUUUUGAUGAAAGCUCCAGUCAGCACUGAAUCCAAAAAACUAAAACUCAUGCAAACACGUGGAUUCAGUUAAAAUCAGUAGGGCUGGCCCGAAUAGUGGUUUCUGGCCUCCGAAUAUUUGGGUCCUAUUAAAGACGAAUAUCCGAAUAUUCGUUCCGCCCUGUAACGUCCGACCGAGGGGGGGGGGUAUUCGGAUCCGUUCGUCUGGUCUCCCAGGUCGAAAUUUUGCCUUUGUUUCGUCUUCAGUUAAACUGAAGAAUUCCCAAACAGCGGAGGUCUUCAGCAUCUUGUCUUGUGUUUAUGCAACAAAGUGAAGCGUGACGUCAGAGUCAGCAGCAACCUGGCCAUUCGGGUGGUGGUAAGAAACACGAAUGGAGGAGCAGAGAUGAGCCGAACACGACGGGAUGAGCCCAUGUGGGCCGAAGGCGAAGGGAAGACGGUAACGCCGGAUAUUCUUUCCACCCGGUAACGUCCGAUUGGGGGGGGUAUUCGGAUACCAAAAUUAAUAUCCGGAUACCGCCGUAGCGAACAAAUAUUCGGAUAAUCGGGAUAUUCGGGUCCAGCCCUAAAAAUCACCUACAAAUCGUGUCAAUUUCAAAGAUUUUUUUUCUUACCAAAAAGUAUUUUGUCAGAAAAACGCUCAUGAUGCUGUGGAUCUUUAAUGUCAUGUGUGUAAAAACGAGUACUUUCAUGUUAUAUAGUAAGAAUAGGCGGCACUGUGGAUACAUGGUGGCACUUUUAUUUUGAAAGUGGUUCUAUUCUACAACUUACAGGGUACAGUGAGAGUACAGGGUACUGGCUGUGAUAGAUGCCAGAGUCCAAAUGAAGCCCCAGUCCCUCAAGGUUCAGAGAGCAUUUCACGUUUUAAGUAGGGCAAAAAACAAACAUAUUACUUUACCCUCUUUUUCUACACGGAGCACAUCAGCGGCCGACACGGCUGCAGAAUGCUUUUCCAAAAAAAAACUGUUUUACAUCCACAGUUUUACAUUCAGUCUUUUUAAGCUUUUUACCAGAGGACUUACUGGAGACUCUGAUUAUUUAUUCGUCAGCCAUUUUUAGGAUUGUUGUUUUAUUCAGACGGUACGACCAGCUGCUCCCGCUCUGUGCGACUCUACGUCAUGGGACAUUUAACAGAAACGCUGAAGGAUUAUAAGCUGUUGAUUUGACUUUUAAGCUGCGUUCACAAACAAAACGAGAAAGUCCGUACAGAAAACGAGGCCGAUUGCCACACGUGGACCUAAAAAACAACGACACCAUGCCUGAAGGAAUGACUGUGUGAAUGAAAACUGUUAACUAUACUGUAAUAAGUGUAAAAUCUGCCUUUAUAUUUAAAUGCACAUUUGUUUGCUGGACUGCCUUGUUUAAGCUUUUUACUGUAGGAGUUUUCUCAUGUUCUCUCUCUGUGAACCUCGUGGCCUUUCUCACUAGUCUCUACAGUAGGUUUAGAUGAGGAUUGUCUGUUUUUUAACUGCUUUUCAUAUCAUUCCUUGUUUUAUAUUAGUGCUUACUUUUUUACGAUUUGUUAUUUCGAGCAAUGACAUCCGUUGCCUUUCCCAAAAAGCGUGACUGAGUAGUAGCUACCUUGAUCAAGGAAACUUGCCGUCUUCCUCAUAGCUUUGUCACAUAGCGUGUAACUACCAACAGUAUUUACCUUUCUAGCUAGCUAUCUUUGGCUUUAUUGUUAUUAGUGACUGUGGCUAUUACAGUAUUUUCUUUAAAGAAGAAUAUUAAUCUUUGAUAGCUGUGUGUUUAUGUUUCAGUCUCCCCACGAUUUUGGAGUCUUUAAAUCAGCAGGUCCCUCCGCAUAUUGUGAAGACCAAAAAAAAAAAAAGACAAAAAAAGCAGGAUUUGAACCUCAUUACUGCUGUGAUUGCCUGCAUAACAUUCGUUAAUAAGCAGACCUUUGCAACUUUGUUCAUUUGAUCUUCACUCUCCCAAAAAGUAGCACUUUUCUCACAGAAAAACAGUAGAUUCUGCAAAAAUUGUUUUUUUUUAUAUAUAUAUAAAGAAGCUACUUUGGAAUCAAAUGUGUUUGCUUGCAAUAAUCAGAAAAACUGCAAAAUCUUGGAGGAGCUGAGUUUGAGAAGGAGAGGUUAAUACUAUCAUGCAAAUAAAUAAUCAAUGAACUGUUUUAAAA